AUGCCUACUCGUUUUCAUAAGAACAGGAAGAGCCGUGGAAACGUUUCAGCUGGUCACGGUCGUAUCGGUAAGCACCGCAAGCAUCCAGGUGGUCGCGGUCUAGCUGGUGGUUUCCACCACCACCGUACCAACUUUGACAAGUACCACCCUGGUUACUUCGGUAAGGUUGGUAUGCGCCACUUCCACCUCAUGCGCAACCCCCAGCACAAGCCUAUCAUUAACUUGGACAAGCUCUGGACGCUUGUGCCGGCAGAGGUGCGUCGCAACACGACGGCUUCGUCGACGGAAGUCCCAGUUAUUGACACGCUCGGUGCUGGCUACGGCAAGGUGCUCGGCAAGGGUCGCCUGCCCGAGCUGCCCGUGAUUGUGAAGGCUCGCUGGGUCUCGGCUCUUGCGGAGAAGAAGAUCAAGGAAGUUGGCGGUGUCGUGAAGCUGGUGGCUUAA